UUUACCAGGUUCUCAUCUUCAGAAUGAAGUUGGGCUAGUUUAGGAAUGGGCCCAUUCUCUGCAAAAGGCCUUUUUUCCUUCCUUUCCUUUAUCAAAAAACGCUUUAAAGUUCUCUUUUGAAUGGCAUUGUUAAGCUUAAAAUUUGUAUGAGCCUUUAAUUGCAUCAUCUUAAAAUGAUAAAUAAAACAAAUUGGUAAUAAAUUCUUGGUGAACCAGUCAGGGGAUAUGACUGACAAUGGACGAAGAAGAGCAGAAGGAGCUCAUUUUGAAAAAUCUGGGAGAAGCAGUUAAAAAGGUCUACGGAGAAUGGUGCAGUAGGUCAGAGCGAAGUGUUGGCAGGGAUUGUGUGUCUGCCGUUGUGUCUGGCGUUGACAGUGCUCUGGCACAUGGCCUGAGGCGACCUCUACAGGGUUACUGGCCGCUGCUAACUCCUCUGCUAGACCAUGACACUCAUGCUCUCCUACUGCAAUAUCCGUGCCCCCGCAGCCGAGGCUGGCAGUGGGUGUUGCGUUGUCUGUCUAGAGGAGAGUUAGAAAGUUUGAUCAGCGUCGUGUUGAGUCAUGCCCACCUACUGCCUCCUUUGUAUUGUGGACAUGCCCUCCUGCGCGACCCCAGUGCCCAGCUGGUGCUGCCCACGCUGCUGGCCGGCCUAGAGCACGUCAGGCUCAAUAAGGGCACGGAAGAAGAGCUGGAAAAAGUGGUGGAGGAGGUGGAGGAUAUCGCCCCCAGCGCCGUGGUGAGACAGAAGCCUUCUGAGGGCACGUCUGCCUUGCGCUCCCUGCGGUCCCUGCGUACGUCCCUGCUCAGCGGCCGCGCCGCCAAGUCCAAGCCUGCCAAGGAGAGGAAGACUGAGCCGCCAGACUCCCAGCACGACGAACGCGUCUCGCCUCACUUUGAUCUCAAUGCUCCUCAGGCGCAGUUCCCUUCACUUGAGGCGGGUAUGAGCGGCGGGGUGUCGGUGGGUAGCGGCGGGGUGUCGGUGUUCCCGCCCCCGCGUGUCACGGGGCCAGCAGCCCUGGAGCCGCCCUUCACCUCCUUGGUGCUCUCCCUGGAGCAGCUCCACGAGCCUCCCAUAGACGUGUGUAGGGAGGCUACCGAGGAUCUCAAUGAGCAGGUGUUCGAGGAAGAUGAUGAGGCUGAGAUGACUGUUGAGGUUCAUCACUUUGGCAAGCAGCGCAAGAAGGCCGAGCGUCAUCACGGGUCUCGCGGCGCCUCGCGCGUCGAGGCGCGUGCGUCGUCAGGCGCGAUGAAGGACGAGGCCGAGGCGCAGGAGAUGAGCCUCGAGGAGGAGCUCAAGGCGGCCACGCAAGGAGGCUUCGUCGAGAACAGACCUCCGACCAACCUGCUCGGGGGUAAAGGUGAUGACCUGAUCAUGGGUAUCGUGGGCGACGAUAAGCUGGUCAAGGUGCUGCCUGACCCUGCCUGUGGCCACGUCAACGGCCGCCACCCUGGCGAGUGUGACGAGUAUUCUGCCGACGAGCUCGACGUGGAGAUCGUCGAAGCGUUCCCUUGUUCGUCGGCACGAGGCAUCGCCCCUUCGUCAUCGCCGGGCAGAGAACACUCACGUCCCAGCAGCAAGAAAAGUGCAGCUAUUUCGGCCGACGAAGGCUCAUGCAGCAAGAAAAACAUAAAACCUUCUCAUGAUGGUGGCUCUAGCAAGACAAGAAAGGAAAAGGAUUCUUCCAAGUCAUCAGGUCGCGUGAGUCAGCAACAACAGCUCAUAGAGGCCAAGCAUUUGCUCAAGAGCCUCACGAAGGCGGGAGUGAUCGACGUUACACCUGAGCUGAACAAGCUCCUCGAUUCUCUCGAGCAGCGCGAGGCAUUGCUGAGUGAGCGGUCGCCUCCCGAAGGGCAGGAAGACCCGGCAGUCACCAGUAGUGCGUCAAGCCUCAAGAAACCUGCAUCUACGAAGCCUAAACCUUCUCCUGCAAAAACGGACUUUAAAGACGAGACUUCGAGGCCUGAAGAUGUCGAGUUCAUCACAGAAAGCAAGCUUGAUGGCUACGUGUCCACAAGUUCAGGAUCUAUGAAGAAAAACUCCAGCACUUUGGUUGAAACCUCGAUUGGUGACGACGCGACUGAUGAAGAACGAGCGACAUCUGCAGAGGUGCUGGAGGAGGCUGAUGAGGGCGAGAGUUCUCACGUACCGCUGGACUCUUCUCAGUGUGAGGACAGUCUCAGUGAUGAGUUGGUCAUGAGUGAUGAAGAGGUAGGCGGUGGUGACGGUAGCAUCACAGAUACUGAUGAUAAUGAAGAGGUGAGUCAGCUCACCACGGACGCUGACCCUAGUGAGAGCAGGCUGGGCAGUUGCAGCGUUAGCAGCGGCAGCAGCGGCACUGACUUGGGUGAUUUAGCAUUGCGUGCUGGUUUGCUGUGCGCUAGCAACGAUGAUCUGCAUGUUAUUGGAGGAGCCUUGUUGCGAUCAUCUGGAGUUGGUCUGGACACAGACGACACUAGCGAUGGAUUGCUGAGCGAUGGCGAGAGCAGCACAGGAGCUGAGCAAGAGAGCGGAGCGGAAAGUUUACCCGGCAUUGUUUUGUCGUCCUACCAGCGCCAUCCUUUGCCCCUUGAUGAGAGCUUCUGCAGCCUCGGAGACGAGAACCUGGAAGAAGAGGCGCUCACUGAAGGCUGCAGAGGCAAGACGGGUAUUGUUGGAGGGGCUGUGUGGGAUCAACUCAUGGGAGGCCUCCCUGAAGCUGUCAUCAGCCAGGACCUUAAGAAGGAAAAGAAUCUUAAGGGAAAACCUGCUCAUUUAGAAGAAACUGUGGAAGCUCUUAUAAAUCAAACAGACGGAACACUAAUAAAUUUCAAUCAAACAGACGGAACGCCUGUGAAAUCAAUUGUACAUAGUGAAGUGCCUGAUACUGUUGGCCUUGAGAAAUCGGAGAGCACCAAUACCGUAGAGCUGGGAAACUUCGUGUCUGAAGGCGUAGUAUCAGUCACAAAUGUGUCAAACGUUGCAACCUCCCAGAAAUAUGUACGAGAUGGCAGUGAAGGCGUGAUGACGCAAUCGGCACAUUCAGCGCUCUCAGAAGCUCCUGGCUCAGACAAAGUUGGUGUCGUUGGUGCGACUAUGAGCCGCACGCUGAGCCUGAGCUCAUGCGGCAGCAGGUCGGGCGGGUUGGAUGGCAGUCGCAUGGACGCGCGCUCCGAUGGAAAGCUUAGCUCUAUCCUGGACUCGAAGAUAGAUUGCAAGUUGGAUAGCACAUCUGAGAGCGUCGUAGCUGCUUUAGAUGACGCAGCUCGGGAAGCACAGCUCCAGCUCCUCAACUUGCAUACCCAGCUGCAGCAUUAUCGGAAGAUGGCGCUACGUCGGAAAACGCGCAAACUCUUGGACUCUAAACUUAAUCCUAUUUUGAAGAGCUCUAUGUUGGAAUUUAGCAUAGCGCUUACUCUUCCAAAGGCUCUUCCGGUUAUGGUGUAUCCUCUGAAACAUUCGGAUGCUCCUGUGCAUGACUGCCCUGACUGCGUGGUGCAGCAACAGUGGGAGGAUAGUAGUGGGGAUUUUAUCAGUCUUUCAUCCAUUACCGUCAUUCCUAACGAAGCUACACAGAACGUGUUGAGCUCGACUGUAUUCCGACGGCCAGGUGAACGUCUUUAUAAGAUCUUCAUCAUGCGUGCUGGACAUGCUGCUGGCUUCGCGAACACAGUGCGUGUUGUGCUGUCGAGCCACGCACUCUACGUCAUGACCACGUGCCCCGCACCCUCUCUACUGCACGCACUGCCCUACACGCAAGUGCACUCGCUGGUGUUGGGAGCAUACAGGGAGUGGGUGGUGGUGCUCAGCAGGGCGGCUGUGGAGUGGGGAAGUGUCGAGGAGAAAACCAGUGUCGGAGGCUGCAAUGUUGUGGGCGUGCAGCUUUGUGCCGCUGAUCCUUCCCUAGCACUGGACUUCGUUGCAAGUUUUGAGCUUCAAACUCGACGAGCUUUAAUGGCCUUACAAGCCAAUGAGAUAAAAUUUUCUAACGAAGGAAAGUUCUUGCCGAUAGCAGGACUUGAUGACGGCCGUGACUUAGAAAAGUUGGCGUCACGACCCGUGGAAAGUCGUCGUCUCUCCGGUGAUGUACAAACCGAUCCUCAAGGUCGCGCAUACGACACCCGUUCUUUCGGUAGUAAAGCCAGCACGCCACAGGAGUGGUGGCGACCUCCCGUCUGGCGACAUGGCGUAGGAGGCCAAAGCGAUGACUUCUUGUCAAUGUCCGGCAGAAUUGAGCGCCAGGUGCCGGCGGUGGUGGACGCUCGGGAGUGGGAACCUAUGGUGCUCAGUCAGUGGCUACAGAUGCUCCUGCCCACUGAGGCAAGCACCCGGGUAGUGGGGAGCUGGAUGGUUGACUGGGAUGGUGGGAUGCGGCUGGGCCAGAAGGGAGCUCUGGGCCCCACUAUGGAAGGACCUCUCAUGUUCCGAACUGCCAAGCUCUUCUCUCAGUGGCGCAACGCUCACUUCCUCCUCAAAGCCGGAGUUCUGUACCAGUUUUGGUGCUCGGGAGAUCGCUUGCCGCACACCAUGCUGGACGUGACGAGCUGCAGCGCCUGCACCCCCACCACCCAACAUAACAAGCCUCAUGCGUUCCAGGUGAUCCAGAGUGACGGUUCCCCGCUGCUGCUGGCCGCUUCUGACGCCGACCAAGCCGCUCGCUGGACUAGCGCCCUCAGCGCCGUGCUCUGCAAUGCUGCUGGUCGCAUGAGCACGCGACGUCCUCUGCCGUGCCGUCUGCUGCUUCUGCCUGGCAGUCUCGUGCUGUUGCACCAAAGUGACUUGUUGCUCGCAGUCCCACACGGCACACCACCCCCGCCUCACCCCACACCCUCAGCAGCCUCCUCUGCCUACAUGCCCUCCACUGUAGCCCCGGUAGACGCGCGACGUGACAGCCGGAGUUCAGGCGCUGCGCUUCCCACCGCCGUGGGCACCUUAAGACAUUCAAGGCACUUGAGUUCGUCUUUAUCUUCACUCAACUCCAACAGUUCAGCUGCGCCUAACAAACAAAACCUUAAAGUCAAUUCCCCGCUGUCACCUGCUGGAACUACGGCUGCUGGGAACGGGAUCGGGUCAGCAGUUACCAGCACUCCAAACCCACCGCGCUCUCUGGCGCUGAGCGCAGCAGGGCAGCAGCUGCCAGGGUACCAACCUGCGGUGGAGGGGCUGGCACAGUGCGCCCCCAGAGUUCCGCUCAAUCGAGGCGCUGAGGCUCGUCUCGUCGCUCGUCUUGACUUACGUUCGCUGGCCAGCAUCGGCCGCUACAACGAGUGUGGCAACACCACUGUACUGGAGGUGCACUCGGCGUUCAAUGCAGCUUGGCGCCCCGAUGAGCUGAAGACGCCGCUCCUCGAGUCAGGAGGCGGGACGUCGGGUGACUGGGCGCUCUACUUUAGGGGCUCGAAGCAGCUCGAGAACUUCCUGACUGUGCUCGCCAGCCAGGUGGUGGUGUGUGAGCGCGAGCUAUGCGACAUUAGCGUGCAGCAGCUGCUGCUGGAGGGCGCACAGGCGGCGGCAGGCGCCUGGGCCGCGAUGGCCUCACACGGCUGAGUGGUUGGAGUGGCGGCAUGCGGCUGAGUGGAUGGAGUGGCGGCAUGCGGCUGAGUGGAUGGAGUGGCGGCAUACGGCUGAGUGGAUGGAGAGGCGGCAUAAGGCUGAGUGGAUGGAGAGGCGGCAUACGGCUGAGUGGAUGGAGAGGCGGCAUAAGGCUGAGUGGAUGGAGAGGCGGCAUACGGCUGAGUGGAUGGAGUGGCGUUAGAGGGCUGAGUGGACGUAGUGGCGUCACACGGCUGAGUGGAUGGAGUGGCGUUACUAGGCUUAGUGCUCGGAGUGGCUUCUCACGACAGAGUGAGAAGUUACUGAAGAAGAAGAAGUGAUCAUAGUUUUGAGUGGCUCUGUGCACCAGGCAGCUCUUACUAAAUGUUAUGUCAGCACAAACCUGUGUUUGCUAUUACCAGGUUUUUAGAGCUUCACUUCUUCUGGUUUUGUCUAGCUUCUCACGGCCGUCUAUAUGCUCCACUGCUCGUUAAUAUCUAGAAACAAACGUAUAAUUUAAUUGACAUAUUCUUGUGUCUCCAGUCGAUACAUGUCAAUGCAGUGUAGCUCAGUCACAAGACGGCUCAUAUCGUUGGUAUUUUGUUCCUAAGUUAUUAGAUGAAUAUUGUGCCCAGCUUUCAGUAGUAAAUAAUGCCGCAUUUUUGUAUUGUUUCGAGCCGUUACAAGCGCUUUACGAAUCCUGUUGAUAUUGUCGGUCUCUGGCUUACUUGGAAAGUCUGUUUAAUGAUUAUAAUGAUUAUCAUACACCACUGAUGGCAUCUUACGCUGUGACGUUUCGAUUAGUGAGUGAUUGUUAUUCCAUAAGGUCUGUGACAGUGUUGUAUCUAUCUUACACAAGCUUUCUCCUCUAGAUCUGUGAUAUUUGUUACUAUUAUAUGCACGAAUCUAUUAGGCAUUAAGUUCUUAGGCGUAAAUAUUUGUCAUCGCUGUACGCUGUGGAGUCUCAAAUGCUAGUCUCAGUUUCCAGUGUUUGUAGUCACCUCCGCUGUUUUCAGCAGUCAAUUUCGUGUAUUGUGAUGAAAUGUUGCUGCAUUAGUUAUUAUAAGUCAAGUUUUUAUGCUUUGGAGUUGUGUUUCCUUUCUGGUAAUGGGAUGCACUUGAAGCACCUGAUAGCUACCGCUAGUGGAAAGAGUAGUGGCUUGAGUGAAAUACAUAGAUCUCUUAUAUUAAACCUCAUCACAUUAUUCUAUCUUGUUCCUUAGUAUAAACUACGGUACAUUGUUCUAUCUUGAGCCGUUACAUGAACAAGUGUUCUUACCAGUCUAACAAUGAUAUUGAUUUGAGUUUAUGGUGUCGGGACUGAUUUGUGAAAGCAAAUAUUAUAGAGCCUUUACUUAGUAAAAUUUUUAAAGUAGAUAAUCGCUUUCUUCUGCGUCAUGUCUUGUAGAUAAGAAAGCUUGCAGCUGUCAUACGAAGUUGAGAUCUGUCAAGUGUUCUUCACGAUGUGGCCUCCUUACUUGCAUGAACGGUAAUACCAGUCAAAAGCUAGGAGUUUUGUACCAUACGUGCCAAUCCUUUGGUACCAUUUUGUAACGGUGCGGAACCCAUGGAUUCAUUCAUCUUUCGUUGAGUGUGCAGUGACUAAGUGGGUACUUGAGAGCUUAGUAAAAUGUUGAAUGGUGAUGGAUAGACGCAGCACUGCAAGUGUCUUUGCUCCUGCGGUCUCGAGUUCUGGAGGAGGAAUGUCACUAAAUGAUUGUAUACUUAUUUAAAAAGGUUGCUCGUCACCAAACAAGAGUAGCCGCAUGAUGCUAAGAUGAGACUAGGAGUUAUUACUUUAAAAUUAGAUUAAAGUGUCACGUGUAGAGUUCCCUAAAUAGUUUUACUAUUGAGCAGUGGUUCAUUCAUUUUAUUAGUAAUAGUUCAGUGGUGGAACGAUAUCAAUAGUCAGCUCGUAUUGUGACACGAAAUUAUAACAGUAUUUUAAAUUAUAUUUUAUCAACUGCAGAUUAAUUCUGUAUCCUAGAUUGUCAUUAGCUAUUUCUGUCAUUGUUUAGCCCGGAUCUCACUAGCUAUAUUGAAUUUUGUUCUCAGAAACGUCUUCAUUAGUUGUCUUCUUGCAGAAACCUGGUGAUUUUAUGCUUUGGAUUAAACUUGCUGGUGAUUUUAUAAACAAAAUUGUGACGAUUUUAGGCUUCGGAUUAAAAAAUCCAUGUCUCGUUCAAUUAAAAUAUUUAAAUUAUUUAAAACGUCAAUAUUUUGUCUAUACUUCAUUUUAAAAUUAAUAAUGUUUCUGUUUGGUAUCAUAACCUGGGUGAAUCGUUACAAAAAAAAAAAUAAAUGUUAUUUCACUGAUUGUUGGUUAAUUUAUGAAGUUUCAUGAACUAUUAUUUGUUUGUGGGUACUUUCUUAAGUUGUCUAGCUAGCUUUAAAAAUCACCCUUUUUUCGUCGACUUUCAACUAAUAGUCAGUAAUAUCAUGAAGCGCCGACCGCACGAAUCGCCUUUCCUUCUGCUCCAGUUGCCCUAUAAUUGUAUGUAUUUUUGGUACUGGUUAAAUGACCGUGCCGGAUACCAAUAGCAAGGUUAAAUUCUGAGGAGCGGUUAAUAUAUUUUAGAUCGAUCCUGCCUGGUAACCUGAUCAGUUUGAAAAUAUUAGCAGGAUUUUAAAAGGAAACUCUAGUUUUUAGUUUUUACUUUCAAAAUGAAACGUGCACAUGUUCUUAUAUUACCUCUAAUGGAUUAUACCAUUUGCUGUGUCAACAUCGCUCUGUGACUCUUCACAAGAAGCUCCGUGACAAAAAUUUGGAUUUUUGCGUGAAGCGUUGCCGUUAUUCUAUGUUAUUUAUUUCAGUCUCGUAUGUUAAUGAUGAUUUAAGCGAUUCAUUUCCGUUGUCGUACCUGAUAUGUUUAACGACCUUGUUUCGUCUAUAUCGUACAAUAUUUCAAUAUUGUUAGGUCCAGUCUCGUCCUCGGUUGCAGACUUUUCUACUGCAUAAUCUGUUGAUAUGCGCUGCGUGAGCUGAGCUUAGGAAUGCUGUGUUACUGAGCGUGCGAAUGAUGAUAUCUACUAUGAUUUUUUUGGGGUUAUUAAAGGGUUAGAAUAUAGUAUAGAAAAUGCAAGUGAUGAUUAUAGAUUAACGAAUACUUUUUAACAUAAGAUAGAUUUCAUGAUGUCAGUUCAUUUACUAUGCAUGUUGCAGUUACCUAAAUUAUUGACUACAGAAAAAUCAUUCAUCUGCUUUAAAUUUGAUUUACUAGUGUCUCCUGAGCGAGCUUUUAAAUAAUAGUAUACUUUCUACUUUUACUGCCAAGAGCAGGUGAGCGGUAAGAUCUGUUCCAUGGUCAUCGAGAAGAAACUACUCUCCUUAAUCCGAAUUUUUACUAAAAAUGCAGCUAAAGAGCCUAAAAAAUUUCUCAAGCGUAUGGAGCUCAAGUUUAAAUAACUAGACGAAACAGAGAACUUUUUUUUUUUGUAGUCAAUUGUUGCUAUAUGGCAUUAAAGGUGCAGUCGUCUAGUCGUUGGAAACCUAAUGGGUAUGCGGAGUUCCUUACAGACUUUGUGAUGUCAAGCUGCCUGUAUUAUGGUGUACUGUCUCUCUUUAGCCUGGGAGUUAUUAAGUAGCUAUAAUGUGUCACAUAUCGUUUAUGCAUGUGUAAUCGUUCAUUAUAUGUACAUGAUUCUCUUAUAAUAUUAUUUAGCUUAACUUGAAAAAACCCUCAUAGCGCAUAUAUAAGUAGUCAUUUUUCAAGCUCACGAUUUUUUUAAUAUCACGUAGUGAUUGGAGGCUGAUACUAAUUAGAGGGUCCGUUGGAUUCUACUGCCCUCAACUGAAUUAUCCUGUAUUGAAAACUUUAAAAUUUUAUUGGCAAUAACGGUUGCGAACUUGCAUAAUUUCAGCAAUUGGAAUCACAACGUUCAUUUUCCAUCAUUUGUUAUAUUUGUAUCUUGCGUCUGAAAUUGUUUCAGGCGAUUUCAUGUGUGCUUGUAUUUAUGCAGCCAAGGCCAGUUUUUGACUUUUUCGUGAUUAUCGAUCCAUUGAUAAUUAUAAUGUUGCUUAAUGAGCUCUGAUAGCUUACCAAAAUGUUUGUUUAUCUAUGUUCAAACGCGUUGUUCGAGCCUCGCGUCGGUCAGCUAUACAAAUUUUUGAGUCUACACUCAGAUUAACUCGUCAAACUCGUAACUUAUUCUUCCCCCAUCCCUCGAAAACUCGUAACUUAUUCUUCCCCUAUUUGAUUUUUAUGAUCUCCACUGCAUAAUAUAAAUAAAAGAAAAUAUAUUUCAAGUUGGAACAAAAAGUUAGAGUUUGUGAUAUCUACUCGAUUCGUGUUGAAAUUUCUUCAGACUUUCCAUGAAAAUAAUUAUUUUUGUUUCAUGCCAAUCUAAUUCCGUGGAGUCAUUCUGAUAAACUGGGAGUUAGAUUAUAAUGACAUUCAUGUAUUUUUCAUGGUCUUUAUAGACUGAGGUUGAAUGGCUUUGCAGCAAUUUCAACAUUCUUUGUUUAAAUUUAGUACAGGAAACGAAGAACUGCCCUAUUGAUUGGUGUGGAGAACAAAAAAUUUGGUACGUUAAAUGUACGGAUGAGAAUAACAUAUUUGUCGGAAUUAAUUUUCGAUAUCUCCUGUAUCAGUCUUCCGAUGCACGAUCAAUUCUUGCCGCUUUAUCAGCUUUCACACAAUUCUCCACUUCGCUGCAUGUGCUUCGGUAUAUCGAUUCUAAAUUUCCAGUGGCUUAUUAACGAUAAAGGUCAAUAAAAUUUACCAAUCCAACCCUU